CCACAGUGUUUCCUGCUCUCGCUUCUCUGCGGUCGUGCUCGAUGGCGUUCGUGUUUGCAGGGAAAUGAUAGGUUUCCCUGCACGGUUCUGAACUGCUUUAAAAACAAGCAUGAACUUGAGGGCUUCAGACUAACUUCAGUAAAUCCUCAGACAUAAGAUAAUUAUCAAGAAGAAUAUGAUGUUUUGCCUGAUUGCAUAAACCCUGUGGCAACAGGAAUGCACCAAACUGGAAAACAGGGUUCAAUUUACAUAAUUGUCCUCUGCAGAAAGUUGUGUGACAGAAUGUUCCCUUCUCUCAGAGCACUGAGGUAAACAUGAGCGUCACCGUCUCAGCCGGUUUGACUUCCUCCACAGAGAUUUAACCGAUGUUGCUGUUCUCCUCCUCCCGAACACCAAGUUUCUUUUAAUCUGGCCACUUUUUUUUCUAUCCCGAAUUCCUGCUUUGUCUGCAUAGCAAAUAAAUAGCAGGAGGGAUCCUCAGCUCCAGCAGUUCCACUCUCCUCCUCCUGCACUCAGCAUCCAUCUAACACCAUGUGGACCCAGGCCAGCCCUCCCCUGCUGCUGCCGCUGCUGCUCGCCUGCUGCCUCUGGCCGGCCGAGGCUCAGAGCGACGGCAGGAUGCAGAACAUCUGGGACGAUCCCAUCAAAUUCAAGACCAAGGCUGAUGACUUCUGCAACAUGACCAUCACUGGUCACGGGGAAUUCACCCGGAUGAGGCUGUCGUGCCAGAGCAGCAAGCGCUCCUACUGGUGCGAGUACGUGGGGAAGCCUUACAACUGCCGCAUGUACAACAAAAAACCCCGACACUACUUCAUCCAGAUGAUGUGGGGCUUCAGGAGGAUCCACAAUGCCUGCGAGGCACCGAAGAAGAUCAGACCUCACAUGUGCAGGAAGGCAACUGACGACUCUCAGAUGGUCUUUUCAUCUGCUGGGUCGUCCCAGUUAUGGCAAGAACCUUCUUCAAGACCAAGACCAGCAGCCCGGCCUGCAAGACCCGAACCUCGACCUGCACCCGACAGGCCGGAGUCAGUGAGGAAACCCUCUUCGAAAUCCAUACGAGUCCCACCGAGAGAAAAGACCUCGCAGAGAACCACUCCGCCGCCACCGACGCCUCCUGUGGAGACCAACGCCAAGAGGAUGGCUCGGCAGUACUGCUGGAGGUCACUUCAUGGCGUCUGCUCCUACGUCAUUGGGUUGUUUCGAAAUUAACAAGAAAGAUUUACACUUCUGAUGAAGAUGUCUUCUGACGAGGGAAACUGCGGCGGAAGAACAAGAAUCAGCUUCCCUCAGGAGAAGGGACGUUACUGCAGUGACUCUAACAAACCUUCCUCAGUGAAACUUGCAUGUAUCAUCCUCAUCCUCCUCCUCCUCAUCAUCAUCAUCAUCAUCCACUGAAAGACAGAUUUCUCAGAAACAACCUUUUCAUGGUCACAGCUGUAAGAACAUCACUACCUGA